UUUCCUUUUUACCCAUUCACAACACUUCGCGAUUUUAGGUUUUUCCUUUCUUCCUCAAAUACUCCUACUUCGUACUUCAACUUAAUUAAGAUCGGUGAAUUGAUGUUUUGGUGUUGAAAUUGAGUGAAGGAAGUUGGGGUUUUGGUUUGUUUAUUGAGCGAUCGAGGUUUAUUUGGGGGUUCUAGGGUUGAGUAAAGUUGGGGAUUUUUUUUUUGUUUCAGAAAUUGGAUGGUAUAAUUGAUGGUUGAGGGUGAAAUAAGUGGGGAAAAUGCAAGGGGAGUUUUAUUAUGCAUGGGAGGAUACAAAGGGAAGAAGGUCAGGUUUGUAAACGGAGGAGUGACGGUGGUCAGCACAUGCCGGCGACGACUACAAGGAGGACUGUAGCCGUCGGUGGUUCUUCUGUUGUUAAUACUGUUACUGCUGAUUCCUUCUGCAAGGAUGGUCGCAAAAUUCGUGUGGGAGAUUGCGCUUUGUUCAAAUCACCACAUGAUUCACCGCCUUUCAUUGGAAUAAUACGUAGACUAAGAUUGACUAAAGAUAAUAACUUGCAAUUAGGUCUUAAUUGGCUCUAUCGUCCUGCUGAGCUGAAGCUUAGCAAGGGCAUCUUGCUGGACACCACACCCAACGAAAUCUUUUAUUCCUUCCAUAGGGAUGAGACUCCAGCUGCAUCAUUACUCCAUCCAUGUAAAGUUGCAUUCCUUCCAAAGGGGGCUGAACUUCCAACAGGGAUAUCUUCAUUUGUCUGCAAGCGGGUUUAUGAAAUUUCAAACAAGUGCUUACGUUGGUUAACUGAUCAAGAUUAUAUUAACGAACAACGAAAAGAGGUAGAUCAGCUGUUAUACAAGACACAAGUAGAGAUGCAUGCAACAGUGCAGCCUGGUGGUCGUUCUCCUAAACCGAUGAAUGGCCCUAUGUCGUCACAAUUGAAGACUGGUUCUGAUAAUGUACAAAGUAGUGUAGCUUCUUUUCCUUCACAAGUCAAGGGAAAGAAAAGGGAGCGAGGAGAACAGGGAUCUGAAUCCAUCAAACGAGAACGUUCAGUUAAAUCUGAUGAUAGUGAAAGCGUCUUAAAAUCUGAAAUUUCUAAAAUAACAGAGGAAGGAGGACUUGUGGACUGUGAAGGGGCUGCGAAACUUGUGCAGCUCAUGCAACCGGAUAGAAUGGACAGGAAAAUGGAUUUGACUAGUCGUUCGAUGCUUGCUAGUGUUGUUGCUGCAACCGACAAGUUUGACUGCCUUGCUAGGUUUGUACAGUUAAAGGGUUUGCCUGUAUUAGAUGGAUGGCUUCAAGAUGUUCAUAGAGGGAGGAUUGUUGAAGUUAGUAAUAGUAAGGACGGUGAUAUAUCAAUUGAGGAAUUUCUCUUGGUUUUGCUUCGAGCACUUGAUAGGCUUCCUGUGAAUCUUCAAGCACUACAGAUGUGCAAUAUUGGUAAAUCUGUUAAUCACUUGCGCCAACAUAAAAACAUGGAAAUUCAGAGGAAGGCGCGAAGCUUAGUUGACACAUGGAAGAAACGCGUUGAAGCUGAAAUGAACAUGAUUGAUUCUAAGUCUGGCUCAAAUCAAGCUGUCACGUGGCCCUCUAAAGCACGGUUGCCUGAGGCUUCUCAUAGUGGCAACAAAAAUCCUGGCGGUUCCCAUGAUGCAACAAGGAGCUCAAUUACACAGUUUUCUGCAUCCAAGACAACCUCAGUUAAGCCUACAUCAGUGGAAACUAAUAUGAAGUCUGCAUCCUCGUCCCCAGGACCAAUAAAACAAGCAUCACCUCCUUCAUCCGGAAAAGUGGGUCAGCCAAGAGUUUCAGCUUUUGGUUCCAGUGAUGUUCCUCUGGCAAGGGAUGAUAAGAGCAGCAGUUCUAGUCAAUCUCACAAUCACAGUCAGUCCUUCUCAGGGAAGGAGGAUGCGAGGAGUUCAACUGCUGUGUCAAUGAGCAGCAUCAAGAUCUCUAGUGGUAGUUCUCGGCACCGCAAAUCGAUAAAUGGUGGUCCUGGAUCAUCAGUUUCUGCAGGUCAAAAAGAAAGUUCUACAAACAGAAGUUCUUCAUUGCACCGGAAUCCGACCACUGAGAAGUCGCUGCAGUCUGCAUUGAGUGGUGAGAAAACGGUUGAUGUGCCAGCUGUUGAGGGGAGUUGUCACAAAUUGAUAGUUAAGAUAUCAAACAAAGGCCGCAGUCCUGCGCGGAGCGUCAGUGGAGGAUCGUAUGAAGACCCUACGAUCAUGAGCAGCCGAGCUUCUUCUCCUGUGCUUUCUGAAAAGAAUGAUCAGCUUGAUCGUAAUUCUAAGGAGAAGAAUGAUGCUUAUCGAUCAAAUGUUACUUUUGAUGUGCAUGCAGAAUCAUGGCAGAGCAAUGUUUUGAAGGAAGUACUCCCUGGAUCUGAUGAGGGUGAUGGAUCACCUGUUGCUGUUCUGGAGGAAGAGCGGAGAAAAACUGCUGGUGAGGGCAGGAAAUCAGCUGAAGUUGCCAAACCUGGUUCUUUGUCAUCAGGAACUGAACUGAAGUCAGGAAAACUGCACGAAGCUUCAUUUAGCUCUAUGAAUGCAUUGAUUGAGAGCUGUGCAAAAUAUUCUGAAGCAAACACAUCCAUGUCACUAAGUGAUGCUGUUGGAAUGAAUCUGCUAGCCAGUGUGGCUACUGAGGAAAUGUCCAAGUCUGGGAGGGUUUCACCUGCUGUUUCUCCCCAAGGAGAUAGCCCUUCAGGUGGAGAGACCUGCACAGGUGAUGAGCUUAAGUCAAAGACAUCUCCUGUAGAUAGUUCUUCAGGUGAUCAUAGUGGGCGAAAUGACGGGGAUGCUAAUGGUGAUAAAGAGAAACAGUUUGUUGCUGCUAGUAAGUUGUGGUCUGAGGGUAAACUACAAGCUUAUAGAAGUGCAGUGACGGAUUUUAACGGAGAUAGAAGGCCCUCUUUAUCUCCUUCUGAAGAAACAACCACGGGAGAGUGCUUUAACUCUUCCUGCACUAAUUCACAGACAGCUGGAGAUCUUAAACCAGAUGUUAAUGAGAAGUUGGAUGAGAUGGCAAAGUCUGCUGCUGCUCCUUGCAGCGUAUCAGCAAAAGCGAGUGAUGGUGAACAGAGCAAACAAUUCCAUGAGGAAAAAGUAGUUUCCACUAAAACGCUUGAUAGUGUUCUAGAUGGUGAAAUCGGUGGACAUGGUAGUUCAAUAGGAGAGGACAAAGUCACAAAUGGCCUUGUAAGCGCAGAAGACUUGAAACGACCAGUUGAAGUUUCUGCUUCUAAAUAUGAGGGCGACAACAAAAAUGACGUGAGUAGGGUGUUAGGUGUUGCUAGUACAGAGGUGAAACCACCUUCGGUUGUGGCGAAAUCUGAAUCUACAGAGAGAGGUGACAAGGAAGAGCUGCAACAAACUGGUUCUAGUCGAGAUUCUAUUGCAGGCAAAGGUGGACAUUCUGAUGAAAUGGGUGCAAAUAAUGUUAUUCAGUCAGAACAGCCAAAUUCUGAUAAAAAAACUGUUGUUACUUCAGUUAUUGAGGAUAAAGCCGUAUCUGAAUCUAAUUUAGGUAGAAGGAAUUUGAUAAAGGAUGAACCUAAUGCUGAAAAUAAUGAGAUAACUAUGCAUGAUUCAGACAGUGGAUUACAUACUAAGAAAGAGACACCUGGAUUUUCUAAUGCAGAAGUGGAAAAUGUGGAAUCAAGAGAAUCUAAAUACUCUGGUGUAGAGGCAGACAGAACAAAGGAAUGCGUAUCCAUCAAAGGGGAAACUUCUUCAAGCUCUGCUGCUGCUCCAGAUUCAGCUUCAAAGGUGAAGUUUGACUUAAAUGAAGGUUUCAUUUCUGAUGAGGGGAAAUAUGGGGAGCCAAUCAACUCGACAGGCCCUGGGUGUCUGUCAAAUGUCCACAUUAUGAGCCCAUCAACAUUUGCUGUUUCUUCUGUUUCCAGUAGCCUUCCUGCUUCCAUUACGGUGGCUGCUGCUGCCAAAGGACCUUUUGUCCCACCAGAAGAUUUAUUGAGAGUCAAAGGGGAGUUUGGAUGGAAAGGAUCAGCAGCCACAAGUGCAUUUCGUCCGGCUGAGCCGAGAAAACCCCCUGACAUGCAUUCAAGUGCCAUGACCAUAUCUGUUACUGAAGCUUCUACCAGCAAGCAUGGUCGUCCUCCAUUAGAUAUUGAUCUGAAUGUAGCUGAUGAAAGAGUUUUUGAGGACGUAAAUUCUCAGGAUUGUGCUCUAGCAAUAGGAUCUGCGGUGGACCAUAUAACUAAUCUUGUUUCAUCAAAAAAUAAAUGUUCAGGUUCUCCUUCUCUUCGUAGUUUUGGAGGACUUGAUCUUGAUUUGAAUAGAGUUGAUGAACCUAAUGAUGUAGGCCAAUGCUCCUUGAGUAGCAGUCAUAGAUUAGAGGGUGUUGUUUUUCCCGCAAGAGCAUCUUCAUCCGGUGUCUUACCAACAGUAGAAGUGAGGAGGGACUUUGAUUUGAAUAAUGGGCCUGGUGUUGAUGAUUCAAAUGCGGAACAGCCUCUAUUCCACCAAAGUCAUCAGGGAAACAUGCGUUCCCAAAUAAAUGCUUGUAGCCUCAGAAUGAACAAUCCAGAAAUGGGAAACCUAUCGUCUUGGUUUGCUCCAGGGAAUAGUUACUCAACUAUGACAAUUCCAUCACUUUUGCCUGAUCGUGGAGAGCAGCCACCAUUUCCAAUAAUCCCACCUGGUGCCCCUCGAAUGUUAGGUGCAUCUGCUUCUGGUUCCCCCUUUACUCCAGAUGUUUUCAGGGGUUCGGUAUUGUCAUCAUCACCUGCUAUGCCAUUCCCUGCUGCCCCAUUCCAGUAUCCUGUGUUCCCUUUUGGAACCACUUUCCCACUUCCCUCUGGAACAUAUGCUGUUGGAUCAACCUCUUAUAUUGAUUCAUCCUCGGGUGGAAGACUUUUCACUCCACCUGUGAAUUCACAGUUGCUAGGUGCUGUGUCACCUCAAUUCCCUAGGCCUUAUGUGGUUUCCCUUCCCGAUGCUAACAGCAAUGGAGCUACUGACCACAACAGAAAACGGAGCCGGCAAGGUCUGGAUCUGAAUGCAGGCCCUGGAGCUGUGGACUUGGAAGGGAAAGAAGAGUCAGUUUCGUUGGUAUCAAGGCAACUGGACGAGCAUGGGAGGAUGUAUCCUGUAGCUGGGAGUCUACUGAAGAGGAAGGAACCUGAGGGAGGAUGGGACAGUGAGAGUUUCAGGUUCAAGCAAUCACCGUGGCAGUAGGAAUAUGCAAAAACUGCAACUUGGCGAUCUUCAAGUUAUCAAAGGAUGGACUAUGGUGUGCUCCUCAAAGGUAUCGGCUUCUAGUAUGCUCUUGAGGUUGUGUGAUGUGACCAAUGUAUUCAGUCUCCAACCACUACUUCUUUCAAUGUAUGAAAGGAAGGAGGAUUUCAAUGGGUUUGUGAGCACUUUUGUCAGCCAUAUUGUCUGGGUGGACACAGAUGAGUCUUCCCUCUGUAAAUAUUUCAACUGUUGGAAGGCUUGAAAUCUGCAAUGCCCGGCAACUGUGGAUAAGUUGUCUUAUCCUUGACCAAGAUAUUGACAGUGGAGGUUGGAUUUCUGGACAGAGUAAAAUGGAAUGCCUUCUAUGUUCUUUGUUGCUAAUGAUCUUUCUUGCUCCCUACUUUCUUGGCUGUUCUCUCCUCUUUUUUGGCAAUUACAUAAAUAUAAAGAGGUUGACAUCAAAUUUUGGUUCUAAAGUGUCCAUCUGCCAUGCUUUUAUAUAAUACAGCUGCAUUGUACCUUAAAUUCACUUGAUUCCUAACUUUAGCUUUAGUCUGAUUCACAGAUAAAA